AUCCGGAACCAUGGUUGGGCGGAAGUCAUGGACGACAAGAUCGCUUGUUGACAUGAGCAAAAUGUUCCAGCCAGACCCAUGCUUUCAAAUAGGGCAAGAGCCGCCCUUUUCAUCGCGCUUUUAACUCCGCCUAGCCGCAUCGCCUGUCGCAGGCCUCUGUCGGUGACACCUCCGGACUCGAACACGUCCGACUGGCACACAUACUAUACUAGUUGCGCCUGACAGGGUCAAUGUCCGCAGUCCCUGGAUCUCAGCGUUGUGACUCCUUUUCCCCCGAUGACCAUGAACGCGGCAUUGGAGCAUCCCCUGCUUCCCCGAAACGGCCAUGGAGACUCAUCUCGAGGCCAGCGAGCUCUGGUGGCGACAGCCGUGCUCACUGGAAUUUCAAUUGUGAUCGUGGCGAUGCGCCUAUAUACUAGGAUUGGCUUAAUAAAGCUAAGUGGUCGAGAAGAUUGGACGAUUCUGGCUUCUCUGGCCUUUGCGAUAACCUACCUUGGCCUGGUUAUUGCCCAGUAUCACUUCGGUCUAGGAGUUCACUCGGACGAACUGCCAGCGGACACCCUACAAGAACAGCUGAAGCGCCUAUGGGUGGCAAUCCCCAUGUACAAUGCAAGUCUAGCAUUGACCAAGAUCUCCAUCCUAUUCCAAUACCUCCGCAUCUUCCCCAGCUACCGCUUCCGCAUCAUCUGCUUUAUCGUCAUGGGCGUUGUGAUCCUGUACUCAACAUGGGCCAUCGUCAGCGGCUUCGUCAACUGUGUGCCUGUCGCCAAAUUCUGGGACCGGGAACUGCCUGGUACAUGUCUCUCCUUCGAGGCCGUUUGGUUCUUCAACGCAUCGAUGAAUAUCACUACCGAUCUUACCCUUCUUGUCCUGCCGAUGCCGCUCAUUUCGCAAUUGCAUCUUCCAAAACGGCAGAAGUUUGCCCUUCUUGCUGUUUUUGCUCUGGGUGGAUUAGUCGUGAUAACGAGUAUCCUCCGCCUCUCCAGCCUCCGCACCGUUGCCAAAAGCAACGACACAUCCUGGAGCAACGUCGCAGCAGCCUACUGGACGGCCGCCGAAUGCAACGUCGCCAUAAUAUGCGCGUGCCUCCCCUUCCUCCGCCCGCUAAUCAGCCGCAUCUUCCCCCGAUUCCUCUCGACGGGGAACGGCUACAACAAGUAUACUCGGAAUAAUAACCCGACUCGUACGACUGCCGCACAGGCCUCGAAUGUCGCUACUACGAGGGGAGGAGCGCUGUAUUCGCAGGAUCCGGAGUUCGGGCUGUUGACUAUUGAUGUUGAUGGGAAGGGGGUGGAGGAGGAUUCUACCGAUUCGAGGAGACAUUCAAGGGGACCACGGGUUGCUUCUCCUGUUUUUGGGGCUGGGAUUGAGGUUUGUACGGAGGUUAUUCAGGAGGUUUCGAAGUAUACGCCUCACGGACCGGAAAGGUCGGCGAGUGUCAGAAGUAGUGGUUAUAGAUGA